AUGGCAGAAAAUUUGAAACUAUUAAUUCGAAGUAGAGGCUCAAUUAAACAAAAAUUAACAAUUUUAGAAAAAUACGUCAAUUCAUUCUCAGAUAACGUCCCAUUGCUAGCUGAUGUUAAAUUUAAAUAUGAGCAUUACCAAUCUCUUUCUAAAGAAUUUGACGCAAUUCAAUUACAAAUCGAUGGAUUGUGUGAGGAUUCCGAUUUAGAUAAUCAAUUUAUUGAACGCGAGGAAUUUGAAACAAAGUACUGUAAAGUUCUUGGCAAAUUAAAGACCUUCAUUGAUGAAAAUACUCCUUCAUCUUCAACCCCGCAAGUCAAUUCCAACAUUUUUAAAGACUCCUUACAAGGGGUCAUUUUACCCAAAAUCAAAUUGCCUACAUUUAAAGGUGAUUAUGAAUAUUGGCUCGAAUUUAAAACAUCAUUUAUUUCUAUUAUACAUACUAAUAAUCAAUUAACAAAUACACAAAAAUUUCAAUUUUUAAGGGCGUCUCUUGAGGGAUACGCAAAACGUAUUAUAGACAAUGUUGAAUUUCUAGACCACAAUUAUAAUUGCGCCUGGAAUCUGUUAUGUUCCCGAUUUGAUAAUAAAAAAAUGUUAAUUAAUAAUCACUUAAAUUCCAUCUUUAAUUUGCAAUCAGUUCAAAAGGAAUCUCCUAAGCAAGUUAGAUUUCUAUUAGAUAGCGUAUCGAAACAUUUAACAGCGCUAGAAGGGUUAAAAUUAGACAAAAGCAAAUUAUGGGAAUUAUUCAUAAUUCAUGUUAUUUCAAACAAGUUGGACAAGGUCACAUACCGGGAUUGGAACGAGAACAAUACCCAGGGUGAUUUGCCUACACUUGAAGAAUUUAUGGAAUUUUUAAAAGGGAAAGCGGAUUUACUCGAAACAAUACAAUGCAACGGCCAAAGUACAGGUACACAACAUUUGAGUCAUAAUAAGUCGUCCCAACAAAAUACUUCUUCUUUAAAUUUAUCUGUAAAUAGUGUACCCAAAUGUAAUUUUUGCAAAAGGCAGCAUUUGAUAUACCAAUGUGACAAUUUUUUAAAGUUAGAUGUUCCCACGCGAUUGGAAAAGGUAAAAGAGUUGCAAUUAUGUGAAAAUUGUUUGAGAACCGGUCAUGCUCGUUACAAAUGCUUCUUUGGUCCUUGUAAAAAAUGUAAGAGGUAUCACAACACACUUUUGCAUCUAGAAAAGGAAACCGCGGGAAUUAAGGGCAAUUCUAGUCAACCAUACGAAACUGUUGUUGAAAAUAUUGAAACCAAUUUAUUAACCAGACCAAUUACAUCACAAACUCAAGUUCUUUUGUCAACGGUUUUGGUCAAUACUAAAGACGUUUCGGGAAAAACCCAUUUAUGCCGUGCACUUUUGGACAGUGGCGCACAAUCGAAUUUAAUCAGUGAAAGAUUUUACAAAAAAUUACAGCUACCGUUAAAUUUGUCAAAUCUAUCAAUUGUAGGUAUUAAUCAAAAGAUAUCAAAUUUAACAAAACGGUGUAGUGUAAAUAUUAUGUCUAGAUUUGAUAGCUUUAAAACCUCACUCUCGUGUCACGUCAUUCCUACAAUUUCCACUAAAAUACCAGGACAUCAAAUACCAUUAUCCAAUUUAAUAUUACCAUCAAAUAUCAAUUUAGCAGACCCAAAUUUUCAUGAACCUGGUGAAAUAGAUGUUUUAAUAGGGGCUAGUUUGUUUUGGGAUUUAUUGACGGAAGGUAAAAUACCCCUGGGAAAGCAAUCUCCGACACUUCAAAACACAAAAUUGGGCUGGGUUGUAUGUGGAAAUGCUCCGAUUCAUUCUUCAUCUAAAUCAAUUUGUAAUUUUGUGCAAACAAUUAAUGUCGAAGAUGAGCAAUUAACAAAGUUCUGGGAGUUGGAAGACGUACCUAAGCAUAACGAUUCAUUAUCCAUAGAUGAUCGCGAAUGUGACAAUAUUUUCAGUAAGACAACCACUAGAAAUAAGGAUGGUAGAUUUGUGGUUUCUCUUCCAUUAAAAUAUUCCGUAAAUUUAUUAGGCGAUUCAUUGCAGACAGCUAUUAAACGUUUUCAGCAUUUAGAAAGAAAAUUUGCACUGAAUAACGAGUUACGCAUUCAAUAUACCAAUUUUAUACACGAAUAUAUCAAUUUGGGACAUAUGAGUAAAGUCGGUACAAUCGGAAGUUCUAUUCACAAAGAAAAACAAAAAACGUUCUAUCUUCCCCACCAUGGUGUCGUAAAAAAUGACAGCUUAUCCACUAAAUUACGUGUAGUUUUCGACGGUUCAUGUUCAUCUGAUAGCAGGUGGUCUUUAAAUGACCUACAAUAUACAGGGCCUAAGGUGCAAAAUGAUAUUUUUGAUAUUCUGCUAAGAUUUAGAAUCCACCAAUUUGUUGUCUCCAGCGAUAUUAUGAAAAUGUACAGACAGAUAUUAAUGGAUUCAAAAUACACACCAUUGCAACGUAUUUUAUGGAGGGAGAGCCCACACGAUGAUUUUUCAAUUUUUGAAUUAAAUACCGUGACGUAUGGUACGAAAUCGGCACCCUAUUUAGCAAUCAAAUGUUUACAAACCCUUGCAAUUCAAAAUAAAGAUAGAUUUCCAGAAGCAUCACAUAUUAUUCUCAAUGAUUUUUAUGUUGAUGAUCUCAUUACCGGCUGUAAUAACCUAUCCACUUUACAACGACGUUGUGAGGAAAUAGCCAAUAUGUUAGAGUCAGCUGGAUUCGUACUAAGAAAGUGGGUUUCAAAUAGCCCUGAGUUAUUAAAAAAUAUUAGUGUUAAUAGCAAGGAUGAUUCUUUAGGCGUGUUAAGAUUAGGGGUUAACGAAUACUCUAAAUUGUUAGGCGUACAGUGGGUUAGCUCCACUGAUGAAUUAAAAUACAAUAUUUCGGAUUCGCAACUACAAAACAAACCAAUUUCGAAAAGAGUGAUACUAUCAGAAAUCGCACAAAUAUAUGACCCAUUAGGUUUACUAAGUCCCUGCGUAAUCAUACCAAAAAUUAUGAUACAAAAACUUUGGCAAUUAAAAUUAUCAUGGGAUAAACCAAUCCCAAUCGAAUUAGCUACCCAAUGGUUUAUGUUUCGACAACAAUUAUUAAAACUAAAUUCAAUAUCGAUUCCCCGAAAUGUAGUAGGUGAACAAUUUCGAGAAAUGGAUAUCCAUUGUUUUUGUGACGCUUCUAAAGAUGCAUAUGCUACUUGCAUUUACCUGAGAAGUACCAGUUCCUCAAACGAAUUUCGAGUAAGGUUAGUCUGUUCUAAAACAAAAGUGUCGCCUGUAAAAACGAUUUCGAUACCCCGUUUAGAAUUGUGUGCGGCACUUUUAGGUGCACAAUUAUAUCAGCAGGUACAGGCAGCUCUGGCAAGCAACGUUCCAAUAUACUUUUGGUCAGACUCACAAGUCGUUUUACACUGGGUAAAAAUGGAACCCAACUUAUUAGAGACCUUUGUAUCAAACAGAGUAACGAAAAUUCAGAAUUUGUCCAAAAUCAAUCAAUGGCGAUAUGUUAACACAAAACACAAUCCUGCUGAUGUAGCUUCGCGUGGUCUAUUACCAAACAAAAUAAACGAUUGUAAUAUAUGGUGGAACGGUCCUGAAUUUUUGUAUCAAUCAGAAUCGAACUGGCCGGUAACUUUAUUUAAUGUACCAGUAGAUCAACUUCCAGAAGUUCGAAAACAAACGUACAAAAUAUUUCCCGUUACUACAUUGACUGAAAACGAAUUUAAUAUUUUUGAUAGAUACUCUAACUUAACCAAAUUAAAGCAUGUUUUUUCGUAUUGCUUACGGUUCAUUAACAACUCAAAACGAACCAAUUUGAAAGUAACAGGUCCUUUAACAGCAAUGGAAAUUAAUAAAGCAUUUAUAAAGUUAAUAAAAAUUUGUCAGAAACAGUCAUUCCCUGAAGACGUCGAACAUUUGAAAACAAAAGGAAUGCUAGGAGACAAGAACAAAUUACAAGGGUUAACACCUUUUGUUGAUGAAAACGGAUUAUUAAGAGUAGGGGGGCGGUUAAAAUAUACCUCAUUACCUCCAGAUGUCAAACAUCCCAUUUUGUUAUCCAGUAAGCACAAUUUUACCAAACUAAUUUUUCGCCACGAGCAUUUGAAGCAUUUGCAUCCUGGUCCGCAAUUAUUAUUGUCGUUAGUAAGACAAAAAUAUUGGCCAAUAUCUGGACGAAAUUUAGCUAAACAGACAACUAGAACUUGUAUACGAUGUUUCAAAUUCAAACCAAUUGCAGGUAUUGCUCCGAUGGGUGCUUUACCAAAUAAUAGAAUCUCACAAUGCUUGCCAUUUCAAGUGGUUGGAAUUGACUAUGCAGGCCCUUUCCAAUGGAAAGACCGAAAAGGGCGAGGAGCCAAAAUUCACAAAUGUUAUAUAUGUAUAUUUAUUUGUUUUACCUAUAAGGCUAUUCAUAUAGAAUUAUUAAGCGAUAUGUCAACUGAAUGCUUUUUUGGAUGCCUCAAACGAUUUAUUGGUAGACGUGGUAUUCCUACUCAUAUAUACUCGGAUAAUGCGUCAACAUUUCGAGGCGCAAAUAACGAAUUAAAAGAAUUGGGUCAAUUUGUAACUAAUAACCAAAAUUCAAUAUUGACUUAUGCAACUAACUUUAAUAUCAGCUGGCAUUAUAUCCCCCCUUAUAGUCCAAAUUUUGGAGGGCUGUGGGAAGCAGCGGUUAAAAGCAUGAAGUUUCAUUUGAAACGAGUAAUGAACACUUCCGUUUUAACUUUUGAAGAAUUCUCCACUCUGUUAACUCAAAUUGAGAGCAUUUUAAAUUCAAGACCUUUAAGUUCAAUGUCUAACGAUCCUAAUGAUCUCGAACCCAUCACACCUGCCCAUUUCUUAAUUGGACGACCAAUUACCGCUGUUCCGACACCCGGAAUCGAAAGUAUACCACAAAACAGACUGUCUCGGUGGCAAUACGUACAACAGCUGCGUCAACAUUUUUGGACCCGUUUUUCCAAAGAAUAUAUUCAUCAAUUACAUCAAACUUACAAGUGGAAAACCGGCUCAGGCCAACAAUUACAUAUCGGCAGUUUAGUGCUGAUUCAGGAUAAACACCAACCGCCCAACAAAUGGGCAUUAGGAAGAAUAUCGAAGUUAAUACGUGGCCCAGAUGACGUACCUCGAGUAGCAGAAAUCACCACAUCACACGGACUCAUCAAAAGGUCUACACGACACUUGUGCCCAUUACCAGUUGUAGCCGAUUAG